AUGGCUCCCAAUUCAAAGAAGCCAGACCCAGACUCGACUGAUGAGAAUAUUCUCAUCAGUCAUGACCAACUUUACAAGAUCGAUCAGCUCCGAGCCAGAAACAUCGGAAAGUAUCUUCCGCUUCCUCAGCUUGUAGACAGUGAUGCCUUUAUAUCAGUUAGCAUUAUCCCGGGACCCCGCGCUUCCGUCGAGCACAAGGAGGUUGUCGAAAGCUACUCUCGCUAUCUCAACGACACAGCCCAGCUUCAGGCCGAGUUCCCGGCCAUUCUAGAUGAGGAUCAGGUCAACGCCUGCAUGGGAAUCCGCACCCCCCGCAACCCCACAGGACAGUACACAUUCAGCGAGGAUGUGCUCAAAUUGAGAAGUGCGGCCCCAACGGAGACUACCUCACCGUCAUUGAUGUCCUGGCAUCUUCCGCAUCACGACGGAGGGCAUCACCACGGGAAAUGA